AUGUCGGACACACUGGACCGAGAUACGAGCAUAGGAACUGAUAACUUGCUGCAGUUGUUAAACGUGACACCCGUUGCGUGUUCUCGCAGCUUAAGAGUCCUUCUCAGAAGGUGUGAUGAAACUAUCAAUAUUAGAAGGGCAACGGGGAGCAGCGAAUUGUUCCCCCUCCUAAGAACUCCCCCACCAAGGUCACGUGCCGCUCCAGUACCUCCAAGGGUGACGACGUCAGAUCCAAUGCCUACGCCUUCCAUCCCGUCGACUUCUGGUUGUUCCGAAGUAGCGGAGGAACCAUACGUCAGAAAAGGUGUGAGUCACACGUUCUAUGGACUGGGAACGAGAAUGAGUGUUGUCGCCAUACGUUCUCAACGCCCGAUGACUAUGGUAGCGGUAUGCAACUUCCAGUUUCAGAUGUUGUUCGUUUCACAGUUGGGCACUACUCAUUGCGUCUGUGCAGAGAUAUCCGCCCCGGGUUUUUCCUUUUAUGUAGUGUCACACUAUUUUCAGUAUAGGGAUGAGAUUGGGGUUUACCUUAGGCAUUUCGAAAACGUACUUAAAGCACUUAGAGGAAGGAGAUUAGUGGCGGUUGAUUCAAACGCACGUUCCCCAUUAUGGGGUCCUCAAAGGCCUGAUAAACAAGGGGAGCAACUCGAGGGCCUUAUUGGAGCCUUCGGAAUGCAAGUAGUCAAUGACACAAAGCAGGGACCCACCUAUAGAUCGACAAGAGGUUCAUCCUUUAUUGACGUAACCUUAGCGUCGCCUUCUAUACGUCAGUUCGUCAGGGACUGGAAGGUGAGGAGUGAUUGGACAACGAGCGAUCACAGCGCGAUUGAUAUUAGAUUGAAUGUUCCGAAGGCCGCAGCAAGGACUUGUAUCAGCAGCGAAGCGAGGUUUGACACUAAUAGAGCAAACUGGGAAGGAUUCUCAGAGAGUUUAGUUAGCCUCGCAAGAACGAACCUCGAAUUUCUAAGCCCUUCUUCCAAAGCAGAUGUAGAAACCAUGGCACGUACACUAUCUGAAAUUAUUAUCGAAGCGUGUAAAGCGUCUAUGCUGCGGAAAAGGAAAUUCCGGAGGUCGAAUCCCUGGUGGACAAGAGAGCUGAGUGUCAGAAAGAAGACUGUGGCCCAUCUACGGAAAAGACUCCAGAAACAGAGAAUACCUGAUAGUCGACUGCUGCAAGAAUACCGCUCCUCUUUACGGUCAUAUAAUAAGUUGAUCAAAAAGAUAAAGAGGGAAAACUGGCGAAGGUUUGUCACGUCGCAUGGCAAUGAAAAACCCUGA